UAACCCGCCACCCCGACACAAACCGACGCACUCUGUUCCUUCAAUCUGGUAGACCCACAAGCACCGUUCUGACUUCCAAGGGUUCAGGGUUUUUAAAAAUCCUUCGAAUUUUCGUUUUUCUUUCGUUCUUCGCAGUCGGGCAUUGGACCCAAGGUAAACAGAAAAGAAGGAAAAAAUGUAUAAGAAGAAGAAAGUGGCAGAUGGAGGAGGAUCCUCGAGAGGCGGUAUGGAUGCAAUGGACGAAGAGAUGGACUUCAAGAAGAUCAUGAAGGACAUUGAGCUUUUCAGCUCCUCACAUGUGACAUGGAAAGAAAGAAAGGAAAUGGAGAACAGGAAAGUAAUUGCUCUAGGUGGGAAGUCUUCUAAGAAGCAGAGACUACCCCUUAAUGUUGCACGACCAAUGAUGAAGAUACAAAAGGAAAGAGAGCAGACGAUGCUACAAGAGCAAUUGAUUCUUGGACAAUUGGGAGGCAAGCAUGGUGACAGUGCUAAAAGAUCUUUUGGGAGACGCAAGCCUGAGGACAGAGUUUUAAAAGCAAGUGAAGGUCAUUUUAGGAAUGGUGUACUAGAUGUAAAGCAUUUGUUACAUCCGACGAAUUCAUCUUGGAGACAGUGAUUCCAGUAUCCAUGUGGUUACUAAGGGUAAAAAGAAGGGACGUGGAAAGAAGAAUCGAGGAACAAAGGGUGGUGGUAAGAAGCGCCACUAAAUGCGUGCAAGAUGGAAGUGUUAAAAAUUCAGUGAUAAUGCGAGGAUUUUCCUUCAUCUUCGUUCGUUAUUGCAACUGUACUUGAUUGUUAGGAGGCCAUAUUGGUCAAAGAUAUCAAGCUUUGCAUGCAUGGCAGAUGGCUGGCCUACCCCUUUCAAGCACAAUAACACUGCAGAUCUAUAGAGAGAUUUCAUAUCACUGCAUGCCCCGGAAUCACAAGCCAGGCACACCUCAA